UUUGAUUGGAUUUACAUGUUACGUAGGCAUUCAAAUUUGUAGUUACUUAAAGUUGAAAUUAAAAUUAAUUGGCUGCCGCUAUCGUUGAAAUAAAUAUAGACAAUAAACAUAAUAAAAAACUGUUACUGAGAAUUAUCUUUGCCCUUUUAACCCGAAUGUUGUGAAAGACUUGACCUUGGCGGGAUAAGUGUACUACUCUUUUCAAGUCUUGUAAUGUCUUGAUAAGGAAACUAAUUAUAUAGAAUUUAUUACUUUAAUCGCAGUUAUUAACUAUAUGAUUGUUUCACUGUACUACUUAUAAUGUACUUAUAAUGUACCAUUUUUGCUAUCUACUUCUCAUAAAUACAAAUUCAUUACAAAAAUCACAUGACAAACAAAUAUUAUUGAAGACGAUGAAUAAAGCAGAAGAGGAAUACGUCGAAAAAACAUUCGUCUACAAAUUUCCAACAUGUACUACAAACCAAGAAUACACGCUAGAAAUUCCGUUAAAAAUACCAUAUCAUGGCUCCACAAAAGAGUUAAUGCAUCGUAUAAUGUCAUCAUUCAAACUACCAUGUUAUGUGGAAUCAGAUUUGUUGAAAUCUCUGCAGCAUAAUAUCAAGGAAUUUACACUGCAGUUUCAUGAUGAAAAAGCAGAGAAAUUUAUCGAAGCUGCCAAAGCAGGAAGUCUAGAUUUAGAAGAAAUAAUUAAAAACUGGGAGAAAAUAUAUAAGCAGAAGACAGUAGAAUAUUCCGAUCCCAUUGGGACCACAGAUGAGGAAUUAUUUGCUGCGGCAUAUCACAGAUUAGUGCAUUCCCCGUCUUUAGAACCAAUUUUGCAAGAAGAACACAAAUACGGACGAGAUGUUACUGAAGUAAUUCAAAUGAGGGAUACCGACUAUGAACGUCUCACACAAAAACAAACCGACGAAAUGCGCGUUGCCGUCGAGGCCCUCGAAGCAGGAUCUACAGAAAAGUCCAUAAACGACAUGGCUGGUCGUCAUUUCGAGGAACAAAGCCUAUUACAAGGUUUCUGGGGAUCCAAAAUCGAUGCUUUGAGAUUAGAUCAACGGCGGCAGUAUCGAAAUUGGAUUAUGAGGCUACUUGAAGAGCAACAAACCAGUAUGGUAUCUACGCCAAUGGGUUCGCCCAUAAUACCGUUACCACCAUUGCGUCCAGCUCUAGACAACUUCGUUCACAGCGAAGAGAAGCAAAUGACAGAUUAUCCUCUGUUAGAAGAAAGCUUUACCAUACAUUUGGGAUCUCAAAUGAAACAAAUGCACAACAUACGCAUAUUGACUGGAGAUGUGCUUGAUUUUUGUCGUACAAAAAAUAGCGAAUCCGGGAUGGAUCCAACGCCGCAAAGAUUGCAAACAGCGUUAGGAUUGUAUUCAAACGAUCUCUGUGGAUUGGUUCUUCUAAGCGAUAAUCAUUUAGGCAGUUAUUCUGGAAUAACAAAAGAAUUAUGUUCGAUAUGUCAAUUAACCACGGAAUUCCAUUUUCCGCCUAUCGAUGAGCAAUUGGAAAAGAUUCGAGAAGACGUGAAGGAUGCCGUCGCCUGGAGACAGGCACAUCACAGGGAAGGAAGCGAUUCCCAUGUAGGCGACAGUAUUAAAAAUUUAAUUUAUGGUUACAUCGGCAUGCAAAACCGUGCGUGUUAUUUACAGGCGAAGAAAUCUACGAUGAGCAAGAGCCUGCAAACAGGCGACAUUUUCAUUACAAGACAUUCUAAUCUGGCGCAAGUUCAUGUGGUGUUCCACAUGGUUGUCAAUGAUUCUCUGAGAUCCGGUGAUAUUAAUUCGAGACAUCCUGCUAUUCUGGGAUUGCGAAACAUUUUGAAGACAGCGUGUUGCAACGAUGUGACAACGCUUACAAUACCCGUGCUGCUUGUCCAUGAAAUGUCAGAGGACAUGACGGUUGCCUGGUGCACAAAACGAGCAGAGUUAGUUUUCAAGUGCGUCAAAGGUUUUAUGAUAGAGAUGGCCUCUUGGGGUGGAGCCGAGCUGAAAAAUUUGCAGUUUCUCGUACCGAAAGGAAUGUCGGAGGAGGUAUUCGGAACGUUAGCCACAAUGUUGCCUAGUAUAUUUCGAGUAUCGAAUCCAUUAGUUUUCAAAGCUACCAGUACUCCACAAACUCCGAAAAAAUGAACGAUUCCUCAUGUCUUUGUUAUCGUAACAUGCGUUCAAAACGCUACUAUAUUGUUAUAUAUUGUGGAUAUGUAGUUUCAAUUAUUAUCCGCCGCAGGCAUGA